GUCCAGAAGAAACGUGCGCAUGCGCAGUGCCUCUCACAACACACGUGUUGCAACCAGCAGUAACACACUUUUGUUUCAAGCCUGUAGGUGUUUGUCCUCUGUGAAGCAUUCGCCGAGAGGACCUGAUAAAAUCUCUAAAAUCAUGACUGAAACUGAAGUCAAUCCCAAGGCCUACCCUUUGGCUGAUGCUACUCUGAGCAAAACUAUACUGGAUCUUGUGCAGCAGGCAUCCAACUACAAGCAGCUGCGCAAAGGAGCAAACGAGGCCACUAAAACACUGAACCGUGGAAUUUCUGAGUUCAUCGUUAUGGCCGCUGAUGCUGAACCACUGGAGAUUAUUCUACACCUUCCUUUACUAUGUGAGGACAAAAAUGUGCCUUACGUCUUCGUGAGGUCCAAGCAGGCCCUUGGACGAGCUUGUGGUGUGUCAAGACCAGUUAUUGCCACAUCGGUCACCAUUAAGGAAGGAUCGCAGCUGAAACCUCAGAUCCAGUCUGUGCAAAUGGCGAUUGAGAGACUGUUGGUGUGAGCCUGUUGUGAUUAUUAUUAAUUUUUAAAAUUUUUAACUUGAAAGUCGAGUUAAUGUUUGUGUUUAAUUUCUGUAACCUUUGUGCUGUCCUCAUGAUUAAGGAGUUUUUCCUUUGUCAUGAGCAGGUAUAGGGAAAGUAAUAUGAUAACCAAUUUCAAUUGGGUUACAGUGUUGUAUCCCAAAUGUAAUAAUGAUUAUGAUUUCUAAUUUUCAUAUAAAUGGCUGCAAUACGUUAUUGAGAUCAGGGCUUUUUGAUUUACAUUUCAUCACUAGCUGAUGUGUUGCUCUUAUAUGUGACAUUACAUUUACUCCUGUUUUUUGUAUGCAAAAAUAAAUAUUAGAAAUGUGAUAA